AUGCCCAUACCACCCGCCAAAAGGCCCGUUUUGGUGAAAUAUGUCUUGGGUCCCAUCCUGGCACUUUUGAAGACAGUUCUGUCGGUAUUUUUGUUCUUGUUAGCGGCCGUCUGCUGGCCUGUUGGAUUUUUAUUCAGGCCGGUAAUCAGGUUGUUGCUGCUGGUGACGUUCAAUGUUAGCGAAAUCGAGUUUCUCGCUGAUGGAGUCAAGAAGUCCAAUACCAAACUGAUCAAUUCGAAGCGGCCAGACAUUGGCCAGUUGGUGUUUGUCAACUUUUCUUCUCCUUUGGACUGUCUCGUCCUGUACCUGGUUAGCAAAUCGAGCAACUGCAUUUUCCUCACCGCAGAUAGCAGGGGAAAUCUCAGGAAACUGAAUGGAUUUUUGGAUACCUUCAGCUUUGCUCUAGCUGAGCCCAAACUCUCCACACAAGCUGCAGACCCAGUGGACCUGUUCAAAUUAAAAAAUAAUGUGGUAUUCGUCCUAGCGGAAGGCACAACUUCCAACAACAGAAGCGUUCUUGCAUUUCCCCCGAUCGAAUUGACCGCCAUGCAUUCCGCAUAUAAAAACACAUUUGAGUUCAAAGCUAUCAGCAUAAAAGUUCUGCCCCCCUCAUUGGUGACCACUCCCAUACCACAGUCGGCAACCUCGUAUCUUUUUUCUCAUCUGAGUCAUGUCAAGUCGGAUGUGAAGUUCAAGCUCAAGAGCUUUGAUCUUGGGGAUUUAAAGCCAACUACCAUUAGGGAGAAGUUGUCCAACUACGGGUCUCUGAAAUUGACCGGCCCAGAUCUCGACAUGGUCAAAAAGCUGUCCUUCAUCUCGGCCUAUAAUAAAACCAGUAGACGUGUAUAA